UUAUAUAAACUAUCACACAUACAUACAUACAUAAAUAUAUAAAUAUAUAUAUCUAUUUGUGUAAUUGCAAAGAAAUGUUUCAUUAGCGCAAUUCAUAAAAAUAAUAAUUUGGACCAUGGAAGCUUCGGCAAAAUUAAUAAAAACAAUCAAGCAUUCUCAUUUAAUAGGAGAGUUAUUUUUCAAUGAACCCAAUAAAGCUUGGAGUAUGUUAAUCUUGGUUUCUUUCUACGCAAAACAUACUUUUCAAAUACCACCCGAUCAAAAUAUCGAUUUGUUAAACCCAAUACUCUUAUUGCCAGCACCAUCUGGCAUUUCUUACGAAUCGCUUCAUUAUCCGAUGCCUUUGGAUCAGUAUCAAGUAGUACCACUAGUAAUAAAUACUGGAAAAAUACCGCUAAUAAAUCACUCUGUCCAAGCUCCCAUACAAUAUUUUAUACCCGACAGCGAAAAUCAACGAACAUCUAAAAGUUAUGAUCCAUUGCAAAGUUCAAACCUUAGCCACCAACAUAGGUCAACUGCACGGCAAGUCACAAAAACGUAUUCAAAUUCACGAACCGAAAAUCGAUCCAAGCAAAAACACUAUCCUCCCACUACGAUGUACUCAGAGACGCAUGUUGAGAGUCAACCGACGUCUCGGUACAGUUACGGUUAUCAAAUAAUUGACGACAAUAUUGAAAAUUCAAAUGAUCAGCGCGAGUCAAGCGAUAACGAUAAUACAUCGGGUAAUUAUAAUAAUAAGUUGUCCGGCUUAACUAGGAUCCAAACGGUUUUUGAAUACACGAACACUCCAAAUGCCAACACAGUGGUCCAAAAACAGAAUACGAAAGAAACUCGUCAAAAGAACGAAACAAGUGUGUCUACUGAUUCAAAUCCAAUAGUUUUAAGGUCUGGUAUGAACAUAACGAAAACGGAAUUGAAAAAACAAUAUAUGAAUAUAACAAAUUUAGAAACAUCAAACAACGUGACCAAUAAAAAUGGAAAUGUAACAACAUUAAAACCAUAAUGGCAAAUAACUAACAGCUGAAUAUAAUACGGUGGUGGAAUAAUGAAUGCAAAUCGACCAUAAAAACGAAAAUAAUUUUUAUAUUUUUAAAUAAGUAGAGUAAAUAUUUUUUAAUAUACCUAUAUUGUUGUUAUUAAUAAUAAACAGUAUACUAGUAAAUUCCAAUAUCAAUAUUACAAAUAUUAUUUGUCACAUGAAUAAU